UUUUACAAGCAGAAGGGAGAGAUGACCCUUGACCCGAGUUGGAGCCCUUUUCAAUGGAGAAGGCAAUCCCGCGCAGCUUAGCCACUUCACCGCCAUCUCAGAGUGGCAAUCCCUUCCCUCAAUUCCGUCUUCUUACUUCCUCUACUCUUCCCAAUUACAAGUCCCUGCGAAUCUCCCCCCCUCCUCACUCCCCGUUACGUCGGCGUCUGCCCGUUUAUUGCUCCAUCCCCGAUAGCAAACCUUCCAAUUCAACGACCAAUGUUGCUGUCAAGGACACAUCUCUUGCGGUGAAGAAGAAAGCCGCAGAUGUAUCCCCUGAGUUGAAAGGGACCUCCAUAUUUCUUCUUGAAGGAAUGAAAAGUUCUAUAAAGAUGAAUAUGGGAAAGCUGCUGGCGGAUACAUUACGAUAUUAUUAUUUUGACAGUGAUAAUUUGGUUGAAGAAGCUUCGGGCGGUGCAUCUGCAGUUCAAUCCUCCCGAUUGAGUGAUGAAAAUGGUUUUCGUGAAUCCGAGACUGAAGUACUGAAGCAGUUAUCGUCUAUGGGUCGACUAGUAGUUUGUGCUGGAAAUGGUGCAGUUCAAAGUUCAACAAAUCUGGCAUUUCUGAGACAUGGGAUUACAUUGUGGAUAGAUGUACCUCUGGACAUGGUGGCUGGGGAUCUAUUCAACAACCAGAGUGAAUUUUCUUCGUUUGAAGUAUCUUCAUCCGGGUCUCACGAAGAGUUAAUGAGUCAACUAGCUGCCCUGUACGAUAAAUACAGAGAUGGUUAUGCUACAGCUGAUGCGGUUGUUUCGCUUCAAAAAGUGGCCUCUGGGUUAGGUUAUGAGGACUUGGGUGACGUCACGGAAGAAGAAAUGACUCUGGAGGUUCUUAGGGAGCUAGAGAAGCUGACCAGAACGAAGAAGAUGCUGGAAGAGGCUGCAAGACCUUUUUGACUUGCCAAUUGCCAUGGCACGUGUUCAUUGCUCGUGACGAAUAUCACCUAUCUGACCAUGUUUUUUUGUUUAAAUUAAAAUUAAUCUUUUUCGGCCUUUUGGGAGCUUGGCUUUUCGGCUGGUCUUGAGUAAGUAGCUCGGCCGUUUAAUAUUUUGUCCAAUUCACUUGUGUCUGUGUCCAAGAAGAAGGGAGGGGAAUAUGUCCAGAAAGGAAAAAAAGAAAAGCUAUUUAAGCCAUUUUCGGUACUUAUUCCGCCUGAAAUUUUGCAACUUUUGUAAUAUGUAGGAGUCUUGUGUUUCUGAUAUUAUUCAGUAAUAUUUGUCUCAUUACUGUUUAA